AUGAUGGAAUUAAAUAGAACGCGCAAAGGGCCGCUGCCUGGAGGUCGCCAGGGCGCGUCUGGAGCUGGCGCUGGACGCGACAGCAUGCGAACCGCCAGCCGAGCGCGAGGUGCUGCACGACCACCCAGCAGCCCCUCGCAUCCAUCAUCCCCACCAGCUGGCUUGGUGUCGGCAGGGUCUUCGCGGGCCCAGCAAUCGGCACCCGCCUCUGGUGGAGUACGCCGCAUGCGUUGGACAACCCAGAUGAACAACAACGCAUUGAGGGCGUAUUUUAGGGCGAAAGGGGGAGAAACUGGAGGUUUUGCGUAUCGGGCAAGGAUGCAUCGACUUUUUGCUGAGCUGGAGCCAUCUGUAACCGUCACCGAGCAAAACCUGGCAGACCGAGUUCGGUAUAUCUUGCGCUCAAAUACAUUUGAUGUUACCGAACUCGAACGGCUACGACGUGAGGCUGUUCCUUCAUCGGGUGAAAAUGCUGCGGCUGAGGAUGCGGUGCCACAACUUGCUGAGCAAACGGCAAAUGUAGAUGCCGCCGUGAACACGCCAGUUGUGGUUGAUUCAGACGUUUGCUGGGACAAAUGUUAG